AUGGUAAAGCAAAGUAGCCUGCCCUGUGGUGCAAACUGGAGUGGUUGAAAACAACUGAACCGACACGGUCUGUAUCGACAGCCCCUGUGGUCGGUCACUUUUUUGAUUGAACUUACUCGGAUUUACUUCAGAACUGUGAAAGGUUGACGUUAAAACUCGCCAGUAUCUGAAACCACACUGAAAAGAAGAUUUCCUUAUUACGCAUUACUUUCCGGACACUGUUCUCCUGGUUAUCUGUUUAUUUUUUGUUCCUAUAGGAUGACAGCUGACGUGAGGCUGAGCUGCUUCUGAGAGCGUCAGACCCCGCGUGUCCUGUCACCACCCCGUUGGUUGGGCGGCACGCACGAUGGCAUCUGGAGUGGCAGCGUGGCUGCCCUUCGCCCGGGCGGCAGCCAUCGGCUGGAUGCCCGUGGCCAACUGCCCCAUGCCCAUCGCCCCCAGGGACCAGCACAGCGGCAAGCGGCAGGACGAGCUGAUCGUACUGAACGUGAGCGGCCGCCGCUUCCAGACCUGGAGGACCACCCUGCAGCGCUACCCGGACACCCUGCUGGGCAGCACCGAGAAGGAGUUCUUCUACGACGAGGAGGCCAAGGAGUACUUCUUCGACCGCGACCCGGACGCCUUCCGCAGCGUGCUCAACUUCUACCGCACGGGCAAGCUGCACUACCCGCGCUACGAGUGCAUCUCGGCCUACGACGAGGAGCUGGCCUUCUUCGGCAUCAUCCCGGAGAUCAUCGGCGACUGCUGCUACGAGGAGUACAAGGACCGCAAGCGGGAGAACGCCGAGCGGCUCCAGGACGACCAGGAGGAGAACAAGGACGCCAAGCUGCCCAACAUGACGUUCCGCGAGACCAUGUGGCGCGCCUUCGAGAACCCGCACACCAGCACCAUGGCUCUGGUCUUCUACUACGUCACCGGCUUCUUCAUCGCCAUCUCGGUCAUCACCAACGUGGUGGAGACGGUGCCGUGCGGCUCCAUCAGCCAGAAGGACGUGCCGUGCGGCGAGCGCUACACUGUGGCGUUCUUCUGCAUCGACACGGCCUGCGUCAUGAUCUUCACCGUCGAGUACCUGAUGCGGCUCUUUGCGGCGCCGAGCCGCUACCGCUUCAUGCGCAGCGUCAUGAGCAUCAUCGACGUGGUGGCCAUCCUGCCCUACUACAUCGGCCUGGUCAUGACCGACAACGAGGACGUGAGCGGCGCGUUCGUCACCCUCAGGGUCUUCCGCGUCUUCCGCAUCUUCAAGUUCUCGCGCCACUCGCAAGGGCUGCGCAUCCUGGGCUACACGCUGAAGAGCUGCGCCUCGGAGCUGGGCUUCCUGCUCUUCUCCCUGACCAUGGCCAUCAUCAUCUUCGCCACCGUCAUGUUCUACGCCGAGAAGGGCUCCAGCUCCAGCAAGUUCACCAGCAUCCCGGCCUCCUUCUGGUACACCAUUGUUACCAUGACGACUUUAGGAUACGGUGACAUGGUGCCCAAGACCAUCGCGGGGAAGAUCUUUGGCUCCAUUUGUUCGCUGAGCGGGGUGCUGGUAAUCGCCCUGCCCGUGCCCGUCAUCGUCUCCAACUUUAGCCGCAUCUAUCACCAGAACCAGAGAGCAGACAAGCGGCGGGCGCAGAAGGUACAGAAAGCGCGACUGGCCCGAAUAAGAAUAGCCAAGAAGGGGAGCUCCGGCGCCUACCUGCAGAGCAAACGCAACGGGCUGCUCAACGAGCUCUUGGAUCUGACGGUUUCAGAGGAGGAACAGCAGCAGCAUUUGAACAAGACAUCCUCCCUGCUGGCGACCCAACACCACCACCUAUUGCACUGCUUGGAGAAAACCACCGGCCAUGAGUUUGUGGAUGAGCAGCUGUUUGAUCAGAACUGUCUGGAAGGUUCUCUGCAGCAGUACCACUCCUCGUCCCGCAGCCCCUCCUCCUCCAGCCCCGACGGCCUGACGGGCACCUGCUGCUCGCGCCGCCGCACCAGCAAGCGGAGCUCGCCGUCCCCGGUGCUGCCCAACGCCGCCGGCCUGCCCGCCCUGCAGACGCACCCACACAUGCCCAUCCACGCCCUGCCCCACUCGCCCGCCCUGCAGGAGCUCAGCGCCAUCAAUAUCCAGUGUGCCGAGCAGCACAUCCACAGCAGCAGUCGCUCCAGUCUCAACAUGCAGACCAAUGAGGUGGAUCGGCGUAACAACAAACAUCAGCAGCAAGUAACCACGGCCAUUGUCAGCAUCCAAUCACAACCCGGCACCGGGGCCAGCUCCGGCGAGGACGAGGGCCACAGCCGGCCCAGCGUGGUGACCACAGCCAGCUCCAACGUGGUCAAAGUGUCCGCCCUGUGAGUGUCAAUUGACGGUGGAUAAAGACAGCGUGACGUGACGUGACGUGACUGCGUAUACAGCACAACAAAAAAAGGACUAUGGGACAGCAAAGGACUACGCAAAGGGAAACCCUGCCAAAACACCCCCCUUUCCAUGUAGUGGCACAGAUGAACAGGAGGGGGCGCUCUGUUGAUGGACAGUGAUGUUGUUGUUGUAGGGAAGAGGUGUCUGUAAGAGGGGACAUACAAAGAGGGGGUCCCACAGAGGCUAACUUUGCACAUUGUCCCUCCUGCUUCAAAGUGACGUUGGAGUUCUUGAAGACAGUGCCCAUAGGGGGGGACGUCGUGUGCACAAGUUUGAUCAGGUAGCCGUGGAAAAUGUAGUUUGUUUUAGUAGCAAAAGACUGGGAUGAGGUUGGGCAUCUAAAUCAUUUCAAACAGCUGUUUGAUUGUUCUCGUUUGUGUCUCAUUCGCUAUUCCACAUCAGAAAGACUUCAGCUUGGCCACUGGUAUCUCGCUUCUUUACUCUGUGUGUUAAAAAAAACAAGUCUGAGUUUCUUUUUUUUCCAAAAAAAUCCAUAUGCUGUGCGUGCGAGAGAGCAACAUAUCAGGUGAAGGUGAGAUUUCUAGAUUGUGUACUUUUUUGCCUUAUGUUUAAAAAUCACAAGCUUAGCGUUUAAAUGCUUGGGUCUCUCUCUCUCUCCUCUUGCCCCUUUGUUUCAAACUUACACAAACAUGCACAAAGUCUUUCACAUUCUUCAUAUUGUUAAGGACCGUUCCAGUGGAAUAUUUCUCAAUUAGACGUGCCAACCAACUAACACCAGUUACCAGUUUUCAUUUUACUGUUCCUUUAAUGGCGUGAGUUUUUCAUUUUCAUUUAUUUAACCUGCUGUAUGCGUUUCAGCAGUUAAGUCUUCAGUGCCAUGACAGCAGGUACCUAUAAAGAUUUACAGUGUAUAUCUUUAGCCCUUCAAAUGUGAAAAAGGAUCUCUGUGCAUUUCUCCUGUCUGUUUAGCGGUAACGGCUGUGCAAUGGACACUUGUUUAACAGGUACUUGUGUAGAUUCAGCCUGAUAGAAAAAAAAAGAAUCUUUCAUCAUGGUCUGUGUGUCUCCCAGGUGCAGGACCCCGAGACCUGUUUUUAGCAGCGAUCAUAAGUCACGACGUACAGUAAGUCCAAAUAACGUUGCAUUUGGACUCGCUCAAAACAUUCAACGUGUUGCCUUUCUCCCAAAAAAAAUAUACUGUGUAACUCAGCUGAAGUUGGUGAAUGAAAUAUACGACAUUGGCUAACAUGGUUAAAUAGUCCUAAAAAUGAAAUGAGUAUUUUUACAUUCCUUGUUUGCUUGCAAUGAUGUUGUUUGCAUCCUCACCGUCAGAUUAUGUUAUCAAGCACUUUUUUUCACUACUGUUGUUCUUUGACAAAUUGAUACAUGUGUCCAGUUUUGUUAUGCUCAGCUGUUCUUCAAAACAAUAAGGUGUUGCCACUUGCCACAUUCCUUUGUCACAUAAUGUUCUCUAAUGUUUGCCUUCAAUUGGUGGACCUAUACUGUACGUGAGGGGUUAAAUAUUUUUUAAAAGUCUGUCUAAGGUUGUUUCAGGAAAGAUAGAGAGUAAUGUUUUAUAAGAUCAUGCUACACAGCUUGUUCAUAAAUGCUUGCAACAAAAAAAAGAAAAGAAUAUUUCCUUGCAGUAUUUCUCCUCGCUCUCCGUUUCUCAUGAAGUCUUCUUGUUUUGGUCUUUCCCAUAACUCUUUUUCCUGUUCCUCUGUCUGCUGUGUAUAUUCUGUCAAAUGUUGGUUCUUCUUUAUGACUUUUGUCCUGUAACA